AUGCCAAUUAGCGCGGUUCUUCAAGACCUUUAUGGUCCCCUUGCCGAUCUAGAUUUGGAGAAGCGUAGGAUUGACCAGUUACAGAGGUCAAGGGGCUCUGACCGCAAAAUCACUUGGCCUCCUAGUGACACAGGCUUGCUAGGUGUGGCGAACCUUACCAGGGGUUUUGUUUUUGGAAGAACAGUGGAAAGACCUCUACCUCUUUCAUUCGAUCGGGUCAUGGAAACACGGGCUACAACUUCUACUGCAACUCUCCUGAAUCUACCAGUUGAACUUCUAACACUGAUCGUCCGACACAUCGAACCCUCUGCUCUUGCAAACCUGGCUCUCGUGAGCCGGGACUGCCGGCAGUUAGCUCGAUCACGCCAGUUUGCUGUCCUCCACCUGGACUAUAGUAAUAGAAGUUUCCAACUUCUAUCCCUUCUUUGUAGGGAGCUCAAAGAACGGGCUUUACCUGGGUCUAAUGGGUUGACUUCUCUGCCAUCACUAGGAGUGUGUAUCCAGCGCAUCGUCGUUUUGACCAGUUCUGUUUUCUUCAAAUCAGCUCAUCUAAGGCGAACUUCUCUUGAACUGACAGAAACGCAAAAAUAUGAUUGGUUAUGUCGUGCAUCCGAGGUGUAUCAUGACUUCUACCUUGGACAAUUAGGGAGGUUGCUCUCAGAUAGCAGAGCAUUGCCACACCUGUCACUCCUUGAUUGGCAGGAUGGAGUGAUCCUACCUAAGUCAUUCUACGACAGCCUGGCUCGUUCGAACGUCAGGGAUCUCAGGUUGUUUGGCCCAUUGGUUGAUGGUGUAUUCUCCAUUGACCCUCCGAAUAUUCCUGGGGUUAAAGGAUGGCCCCUUAGGAAUCUUCAUAUUAAUCUUCAAAAGCCCCCCGGGCGAAAGACACCAACAAAACCUAAAAGCACAUCUGCAUUGUGCGCCAGCAUUUUGCGCCAAUGCUCCGAGACUCUGGAAUCCCUGAUGUGGCAAACUGCUAGUGCUGGUUUCACCGAUCCCCAAUCUUUCGGCACUGAUCCCUCAAAAAUGCCGUGCUUUCCCAAGCUUCGCAGACUGUCUUUGGCUGGAAAUGUCAUCUUUGCGGAUUCAGCUACUUUGAACGCUCUAUUGCAUGCACCCCUCCGUGUUUUGUUUACCAACACAGAAAGCGCACCAGGGGCUAAUACAAGCAAGGAGAUUUGCUUCCGAGAACGUGGCUGUAUUCGCACUCUAGAAACAUUCGUAUGGAACUUCGCACAUUUGGAGAAGCCUCAUUCAAUGGACUUCCUGCAAGCCAACUCCCAUCUGUUCAAAUUGAGUCUGUGUCCCCCAAUCCGGGGCGAAUUACUGGAGGACAAGCUUCUCCCACUACUUUCGCAGAAGUUUCUGUCUCUCAAAUCUCUCGACCUCACGUGGAGAGAAGCUUCCAUCCCGGAUUCGGCGCUAGAAAAGAUCGGUACCAUAAGAAGCUUGGAACAAAUUCAACUCAGCGCUCUUGGUAAGCCCGGCUCUCGAAAUUAUUGGCUCGUUGACCAUGAAGCCGUGAGAGAGCAUCUCUCUAUACUCCCUAGAUUGACAAGGAUCUCCUUUCGGCAAGACGCCUAUAGAAAGAUGAGCCCAGACAAGGAAAACGCCACUGAAAGCAAUCACCCAUCUAUUCCGGCCUUUGGAGAACCGGAAGAUCCCCUCAGAGAUGUUGUCCCAGAAAUGCAUGCUAAGUUAUUAUCCAAACCGGGGCAUCUUCUGAAUAUGUUGAACGAAGCCAAUGAGUAUUCGGAAGUGUUUCCCAGACUAGAGUGGAUAUACAUCGGCCGAAUACAGAUGACCAUCAAAACCACCGAGGGAGUCUCCGGUGAGGGUCAACUGAAAUAUGCAGUUCCUGUUUCAAAUUAUAGACAGGAUUGCACUGGUCUGCUGAACGAGAUGUUUGGGGCUGGGACUACUGAACUUGAAAUGUGAAUAACUGUGAACGCUCGGGUUUGGGGCUUGAACAGCAUCAUUCUAGGACAUGGAGGAGUCCUCCGCAGACCUACUUGUCCCUUUCAAAAAAACAGCAGUUUCUGGUUUUUGCGGUUAAAUGUUUGCGCGGGAUAUUGGGACACUGGCAUCUUGCAACUUAGAAGCAUAGCAAUUCUACAUGAGGGUUAUUCUUUCAUAGAUAGACA